GAAUGCCCUGAAUUAGUAAAAAAUGUUGGACUCCAGUUCUAGUAACUCAAUUCAAGGUUUCAACAUCCCAAAAAAGAAAAAGGCACACAUUAAAGAUAACCUUCAGCAUGUAGAUGUGACCAACAGAGAUGUGCAAGACCUGAUGCGUGAUGUUAGAAAACACUACCUGGACACUAAUUUCAGCCAGGAAUUUGAAUUACUAGAUGCUUGGAUGGUUCACAAUGAGGAACUGCAGUCUAAAUAUGUUAAAAAGAGAGCAGAAAUGAAAGAUGCUGGCAGAAGUCCUGCAACUCUAUCAGACCAGCUGGGAUUUGUAUGGCAAACUAUACCAGGAUUGAACAGAAUGGCUAUUGCCAAACAUGGACUGACUGCUAAGAAUUUGGCAUUUAACAAUCUGGGUAAAGGAGACUGCGGUGUCUACCUGAACCGUUACUUUGAUGUGGAGGUGAGGCAGAGCUGGGUGUCCAGCCAUUCUCCGUCAGAAAUAUUUAUCUUUAAGUACUUUCCAGGAAAGUGCAAGCAGAUCAACACAGUUAACAUCAGAUGUGAGAAUAGUAAGCUAGAACCUACCCCAAACUAUGAUUCUCAUAUCAGCAACAUCCCACCAAAAAUUGAUCAGACUGUAUUUGUACAGUCAGCAAGAUCCAUGAUUUAUUUAUACGAGUACACAGAGGAUUGUGUGCCUUCAAAGAACCCCAGACAAUGUCUUCCCUUUGCUGUAGUUAGAGUGAGAAAAAAUCUACAUCCUAAGAGGUGUUUACCUGCCCUGAAACUGGUAACCUCUGAUAUGACAACAAAAUACCUGCCAGCAUCCUCUUCGGGCUCGAUGGAAAGCUCAACAAUCCCAGACAAAGAACCGCCAAAACUUAACAGUGACCCAAAGAUUGCUUUAGAUAAUGUUGCAAGGCUUGAGUCACAAGCUCAAGGCUCAGUUAGGAAAAAUAUAUUGAAAGAAAGUUUACCUGUGAACAGGCAAGAGAAAAAAACUGAUUCAGUCAAUGACCCACUGCCAAACUCAUCAUUACCGUCUCAAAAAAUUACUUCAUCUUCAACUGAUAACCACACAAUAACAACUGAUCUUAGACUUUCAAGGGGUAUAGACCCUCAAAAAAAAAUUGAGCAUUCUGAAAAUGCAAAGGAUAUAACCCAACUUCCCAUCCCUAGCCUGUUAGAUCCUAGAAUUUCCAAACUUCCUGCUAAACCUGAGGAAACAGAAAAAGCAUGUGACCCAACUCUACCCAGUGCUGCUAGAUUAGAUCCUAGACUGGUUAGAAAGUUAAGUACAACUGAUCCAAGACUAGUUAAAUCAUCAUGUUCUUCAGAUCCCAAGUCUUAUCCAGAUCCCAGACUAACCAGACAGUUCUCAGAUCCCAGAUUACAACCUAGAAGCCAUCAUACAAGUACCAAACCACUGCCACCUGCGCCCCAACAUCAUGACAGGGUUAAAGCUGACUGCUCCCACCUGCCUCACGGCUCUCACCCACCUCAUAGCACCCACCCACCACACAGAAAACAUUCACGUGAGAAAGUUGUCAAGAAAAAAAUUUCUUUUUCUGAAUACAAAAAGCUGAAAGCUAACAGCAACAAGACGGAGGAAUGUGCUGGCUCUGACUUAGUUACCACAGAUCCACCAGCCUCAAUCACUGGGACUAGUUCAGAUGCCUCUUCACAAUCUCCUGUUUUAGUGACUGAUAUACCCAAGCCUGCUCCUGUGUUAUCAUCCCUCUACAAGGCAGAUGUUCCCUGUGUUGAAAAAGGGUCUGGGGCUUCUGAUCUAAGAGAAAAAGUAAUUUAUCCUUCAGUAUCCAACAUUGCUGUAACACAUCCUUCAAGCAGUGAUGUUUGUAGCUUAAAUUCCUCCCCACAAGACUUUGUAAGACUUCCUUUAUCUUUGGGCUCAACAUCAGUAGAUAGAGCAGUGGACAAUAUUGCCACCAGCCUGAAAUAUCCAGAUGAUUACUCAAGGUACCAGUCACCUAUGAAAAAGUUGAUGCCCCUUCCUGUUUGUAAUGAUGAUGGCACUGUCACUAAUGUUCUUAGAGGCUACAUAGAUGGCACUGUAAAAGCAAUUGAACUCUCUUCCAGUGAACUGAAUGAGAAAGACAAAACAAGCAGCACAGAAGCAACUUCUUCCAAUGCUAGCAUCAGUCAGUUGCAGGAAAAAUUUUCAAAUCAUGAAUCAACCACCAGUACUUGCCCGGUAGCAUUAUCUAAUGAUGUUUUAUCUAGAACCAAUGUCAUUGAAGCAGCAUCAUCUUCAGCACUCCAGUCACAUAUCAAACCUAGUGUUUUAAAAAAUGUUAUUUCAUCCAAAACAGUUCCUAACUGUAAACCUAUGUGUGAUGAAGACCCCAAACAAAAAUAUAUUUCUAAAGAUUCUUUCUCAACAAACACCCAAGCAGAUCCUGUAGGGAAAUCACAGAAAUCUGGACAUAGUUCACCAAGUGAGGCAGGUAACUCUGCUCCUGCAGGGGACACAACUACAGACAUGUUGAAGAUGAACAAGUCUGAUGCUGAGAGAUCAGCUGUCCCCAAUGAGAAAGUGAACAUGACGGAAGAGUCUGUCAAAAUUCUUACAAAAAACCUUCUUUCAUCGCUUAAGAUGAAUACUUCCAAGAAAACAGACACUGACCCUCCUUCACAUGCUUCACACACCAAAGAACUGGUGGCGCCAGGUAAAGCUGGGGUUAAUAAAAGUGUUGACAGUUUACUGAAAGCACUUCAAAAAGGAUGCGUGGUUCAAAAAUUUCUUGAGUCUGGUGUUGAAUCAGCUCACAGUGAUGCAAGCGGCAAGCCACUCCCUGACAGUCCAAGCAAUAGUAUUGAUGAACCAACAGUGGUUGAGAAACCUUACCCUCCAAGUCAAUCAUUCAGAGAGUUGGGAUUCAUGACAUACAUUGGUGCACUUAGUACUCCGGCCUAUCAGCCUGAUGUUGUUCUUUUAGACCUGCACGAGGCCUCAGAGAACGACUACCAUAAGAAUAAAUGUGAGGAAUGCAGUAGACAUUUACUUAACGGUGAACUGGGAACUUACAGAUCUGUGUUUUAUGAGAAAACAUCAGAGUCAGAGAGUUUUGAUGAGGAAGAAGAACUUGGUAGUGGGGAUCAUUCCCAUUUGUGUGAUGUACCAUCAGAAACUAGUCGUCUCACUAGUAAUGAAUCACUUUCAUCUCCCAACCAUCAGUUAAUUAGAAACAUACCUCAGCAAUCAGAUCUUACACAUCCAGAGGGUGCAUCAGAGGUGGGUUAUGGACCAGACCAUACCAAAAAUAGUCACUCAUACUCUUCUCCUGGUCAGUUCUUAUCAAAGGCUGACCUAAGGAAAAGUAAUCGUUUAUCUCCUCGCUCUGAGCUUGCCUCACUCAAACUUGCCAUCGAUGGACUGUACAAUGAGUGCAACCAGAAUAUGUUAUCUAGUGAUGAUGAUGGCCUUUCUUCACCCAAACUCAUCAUUCAUGAAAGCUGCUCUGACCAGUACAGCACACCCAGUAAUAAUACAAAGCGCACUAGAUCAAUCAAGGUCACAGACAGCAGCAUUGAAACCAGUGAUGAGGAAGCAUUGCGCAGGAGAAAUGUGGUCAUGCCAAAGAAUCCUGCUAGAAUGAAGUUAAUUGAACAGUUAGCGCAUAAAGUGGCAGAGUUAAAAAGGGCAGAGACUCUGUUAGAGACUGGUACAGGCAGUAAAAGUGUCUGGUCAAGUAGUGAUUCGUCUGAUGAGGAAUCCUACAGCAGGGGCUAUUACAGAGACAGCAAGCUCAUCCAUACUGACACACUCAAGUCUCAUCUGGAAAAAAAUAAAUUAGUGAACACAUCAACUCAACCUGAACUAGUGAACAUGUCAACCCAACAUGAACUAGUGAACACGUCAACCCAACCUGAGCUACUUAAUAAAUCAACCCAACCUGAACUAGUGAACAACUCAACCCAACAUGAACUAGUGAACAACUCAACCCAGCAUGAACUAGUAAACAAAGCACCCCAACCUGAACUACUUAAUAAAUCAACCCAACCUGAACUAGUGAACAACUCAACCCAACAUGAACUAGUAAACAAAUCAACCCAACCUGAACUAGUAAACAAAGCACCCCAACCUGAACUAGUGAACACGUCAACUCAACCUGAAAAAGUAAACAAAGCAACCCAACCUGAACUAGUGAACAAAUCAACCCAACCUGAACUAGUAAACAAAGCACCCCAAGCUGAACUAGUAAACAAAGCAACCCAACCUGAACUAGUGAACACUUCAACCCAACCUCUACUAGUAAACAAAUCAACACAACCUGAACUACUUAAUAAAUCAACACAACCUCAACCAGUAAACAAAUCAUCAAAGCCUGAACUAGUGAACAAAUCAACCCAAUCUGACCCAGUGAACAAAUCAACCCAGUCUGCGCGAGUAAAAAAAACUGUCCAACUUGAAAUAGCUAACAAAGCUAUUCAACCUAUGCUAGUGAACAAAUCAUCGCAGUUUGAUACAUUGAACAAAUCAUCACAAGUUGUUACAAGCAAGCAGUUACAGGAUGACUUGUUGGUAUUGACCCCCAGAGGGCGCCAGCAAGAUGAAAAGGUUACUUUAGGAAAGUCUUAUAAAGGUCAGGCAUGCCUUGAAACCAGUGCUACUGUGACAGAAGAUAUAGUAGAAGCUUCUAGAAAGCUGUCUUUGGUCCCACGGGCAGUACAUCAGCUGAGCUGCAGCAAUUUGCAGAAACAAAGUUUGAUCAACAGUACCCAUGCUUUUGGGAAAUCUCAUCAGAGUGCUGCACAUUACUCGCAAGUACACCAACAGGCCAUAGGGAAAUCUGAUACAAAUGCUACAUCAUACCUGCAUGUACACCAACAGGCCAUAGGGAAAUCUGAUACAAAUGCUACAUCAUACCUGCAUGUACACCAACAGGCCAUAGGGAAAUCUGAUACAAAUGUUACACCAUACCUGCAAGUACACCAACAGGCCAUAGGGAAAUCUGAUACAAAUGCUACACCAUACCUGCAAGUACACCAACAGGCCAUAGGGAAAUCUGAUACAAAUGCUACACCAUACCUGCAAGUACACCAACAGAUCAUUGGGAAAUCUGAUACAAAUGCUACACCAUCCUUGGAAGCUUGUAAAAUCCCAGAAAACAGAAGCCACAUGCCCUUAUCAAACAGUCUAAAUGAGAAAAUGGCUUUGGGAAUCAAAGAGCCUGGUAGUUGUACAUAUUCUGAGAAAGAUGUUACAGAUUUAGUAGAAAACCAAACACCAAUGCAUUCGCUACUUCAAACCAGCAAUGCCCCUUGGAAGAACUUAAAUUCUGUAACAACUACAGAAAAAUGGAAGCUGUUCAAAAGUUACAAUGAGGCAAAUAAAAAACUUGCAAGGCUAGCAGGGCUUGAAAGUCAACAUUCAAAGUUACUAGAACCAACAGCCAAUGUUGAGGACUUGAAGAAAAUUCUGGAAAAUGUUCGAACACAGACAAUGAUUGGGAAAAGUGGCUUGAACACUUACACUAAGGAAAGUCCUUUGAAUACAAAAAGUCCUCUUUUUAAUAUUCCUUAUGAUAGGACAUCAGAUAGGACUCCUACUACUUACACAAUAGGGUCUGGAAUUCCCAAUAGUGAAGGGUUGGCCCAGAGUUUUAGUUUCAGUCAAAAUAAAACAGCAGUGUACCAGGCUAGUCGUCAGUCAGUUGACUCCGCUCAGAUAUUAAGUCAGACAAGGCAUCCUUCCCUAUCCCUCAGCAACUCUCUACUGCCACCCGUUUCUAUUGCUAUACCAGUAGAAAACAAGAAGAGUCUCCAUGACCUCUACUCACCAUCAAGUCCAACUGAUGUCCUAGGUGUGGAUGAGAAGCCUGGGUCCCGGCCAGCUUGUUCAUGUGUUGGUCUAGUAGAGCCCUAUGGGGACAUGGAUUACAGACAAAAGUGUCUAGUUCAUCCCAGUUCUGUAGAUCAGGAUUACAGACAAAAGUGUCUUGUACAUCCCAAUUCUGUAGAUCAGGAUUACAGACAAAAGUGUCUUGUACAUCCCAAUUCUGUAGAUCAGGAACAAACAUUUGAUUGGGGAAACCCUAGUAAUAGAAAUGUACACGAAAACCAGGGUGAAUUACUAAAUUCUUAUACAUUGUUACCAAGCAAUAAUCUUGAAACGUCUAGACUGUAUAAUUAUCCAGACAAUUAUGCACAGUAUGACCUCUCAAGAUUUAAUCCUGAGUCUAAUUAUAAUAACAAUCAAGCAUUUGUGUCAUUACCAACCAAUGUAUUACCUGAGCAAAUGUCCCUUUAUUCUACACAUAGCAUUCCAUGUGACACAGACAACAGAUACCCCGCCCAUCACUUGAUUUCCAUACACGUUCAUACUUGUUCAGCUCCAACUACUUCCAACCCAAUAGCAUGGCAGGAUGGCUACAAACCAACGGACAAACCAAAAGAAUAUGUGCAGCUCAACAAAAGAGAAAUGCCUGAGAUUGAGCCAAGCCACGCUGUUGCUAAACCUAAGGUCCAUCACCAGGCAGCAGAGAUUCCAGCCUCGCAUGCCAGUAGUUCUAGCGGUAUACUAGGACUAGAUCUAUUCUCUUCUAAAACACAGACACUUUCUGAACUUAAUUCUAACCUUCAUUCAAAAGUGAACAGUAGUGGGAAUAAGCCUUCCCCAAGCACUGAACAUUCUGUGUUAAAAACUGCUGAAAGCUCAACAAACAUGCUUGAUUUAGAGCUGAGCAGCACACUGUCCAAUACUGUAAGAGAAUGUAAACAUGAAGACACUCAUGGCAUGACGACAGAUAAAAAUACAUCUGGCAAUAAAAUUGUACAAUAUGAGGAUUCUGAUGAUGACCUAGUAGGAGAACCACUUCCUAUAAUUAAAAGAGACAAACAUAUUUCCAUUAAGAUUUCUUCUAAAACACUGAAUCCCAAGCCAGCAGCAGUCCUCCCUCAAGAUAAAGCUCACUCCCAAGCAGUAGCAGACUGUAGUAAUGAACAUGUUCAUCAUAAUAAACCUUGUAGUACUGUUGAACCAAGUGAUACAGAUGAGCUCAUUAGCACGAGGGAACAUCAAGCAGUUGAUGGGGAAAGAGAUGAGGGGAAGAUGAAUCUAUAUUUGGAGCACAUUUCUAUGAAGAUUAAAGAAGCUGCUCAAGCCCCUAAGGUCUCACACGACUCCAAGAGUUGCCCUCCUGCCUUAAAUAUCCUGGAAAAGGCGCUAGAAAUAGCUAAAAAGAAACAUGCACUUAGCCACCAAACCACAGAGGGGGAUGCAAGUUUUGACUCUCUGGAGAAGCUUGCCAAAAUAAUUAGUACCAAACUUCUACAAGCAGACAUAUCUUCACCAGUCUUACCCCAUAGCAAUAAGAACAUUUCUCCUGUGAGUAACAAUGCGCCUUUCAUCAAAGAAGAAAUUGGCUCACCAUCUGUCCUAACAGAUCCUUCCCAGCAGCCUGGAUGCAAUGUGAAGUACCCAGAACACAGGCACACAGAGGAGGUGAUAGACCAGGCCUUGACUAAGAAAGCUGCAGGAAUUAAAAAACCAAAACAGAAGAAACUAAAGGAAAAUUCUUCUUGCAGAUCUGUGAGUAGUUCUUCUGAAUCAGCUGAAACAGAACAUUCCAGAAGUGAAUCCAUUUCAUCAGAUAGUUCCGUAACAUCCAGUAAACACAGUAAAAAAAAGAAGCGCAAGUCAGACAAAGCAAGAAGGCAUUCCAGACAAAUUACUCGAUCAGCUAGCAGGUCCCCAAGCCAAAGUAGCAGCUCCAGAUCAGCCAGCAGGUCACCCAGAAGAAUUCGCGCCCGUAGUAAAUCACCCAGAAAAAAAAAUCGCAGGCAUAAAUCAACCAGCAGAUCACCUGCCACAUCCUUGACCUUGACAAGAUCAACCAGAAGCAGAUCAAUAGGCAGUUUUUCAGACAGGACCUUGUUAUCUUCACCAAGUACUUCCAGAGGGAGAUCUCAGAAAAACAAGUCUCACAAUAAAGCUAAAUCAGGUUCCCCUUGUGAGAAGAGAAAGAAGUCUUAUUCUCCAAAAAGAAAAAAGAAACAUUCCUCUGACCAUAAAUCUUUGUCUUCAGAUAGAAAAAGUCGUAAUAAAUCUAAGAGGAAGAUAAAAGGAAAAUCUUUACAAAGAAAGUCACAUUUAUCCUCAUCUAAAAAUAGCCGUCGUUAUUCUAGUAUCAAAUCAUCAAAAAUUAAAAAGACUCCCAGGAAAAGUUUAGAUGAUGCUUCGUCCUUGGUUUCUGAUUCUUUAGGUUCAUCUUCAAUUAAAAAACGAAAAGUAAAACGCAAAAGGAAAAAAGUUAAAAAAGCGUAUGAUGUUGAGGAUGAAACCAAGAGUAAAAAAUCUAUUGAAAGUACUGUUUCUGAAUCUUUAGAUGUUCCUUCAUCUUCAAACAAAAAACGACAAGUAAAACACUUUAUUAAAAAAGUUGAAGAAGCUUGUAAUGAUCAUGAUGCAAAUAGUAAAAAAUCUCUUGAAAGCACUGUGUCUGAUUCUUAUGAUUCUCAUUCAUCUUCAACCAACAUUCUUAAACUCAAAAAGAAAUUUAAAAAACCUAGUGAUGUUGAAGAUGUAACAAAUAGUAAAAAGCCAGUAGAAAAUACUGUCUCCAGCAUCCAGGUGUUACCAAAGGUGCCAACCCCUCAAGUCAGCCCUGCAGCCAGUACUCCAAACAAAGUUUAUCUUUCAGAUGUACCAAUGGAAGCUCUUUCAUUUGCUAGAGAAAAAAUUCUCAGUGAGAUUAAUCGACUUUGUGAAGAUACUGAAAAAGAACUUUCAUGUUCUACCAAAUUGAGUGAAACAGAGUCAAAACUAGUUCCUAAUAAAAUUGAACUAGAAGAUGGAGAAAUUUCAGAUGGCUCUGUCGUCUUAGUGACAAGCAGUGAUGCUCUGGAAGUCAUUUCCGAUGAGGACUUCUCUGUCACAGCUAUCCAUGAUCAGGAAAAGACAAGUCUUGUUCACUCUAAGGGGGAGAAUAAGGGGGAGAAAAGUAAAGGAAAACUUAUCUCUGAAGAUUCCAAAGUCCGCAGCUCUAAAGGUAAUGUUGUAUCACACAGCACUGUGAAUCCAAGUGUCAGUCCUGAGUUAGCAUCUGAUCCAUAUGUUAGACAGGUUGAACCCAAAGUAAAAGAGGUUAUUUACAUCAAAUCUGACAGCGAGGAUGAUGACCAUCCACUGUAUUGGGAUGCCAAUAAGAAAAAACAGUUUUACAGCAAAGCAGUGAGGCAAACUGCUGAGCAGACCAAUACAGAGAUGAACUGUGCUGAAAACCUACCUAGCCCACAAAAAGCUCCCAGUAAAGUGGGAGAGGUUGAUGAGGCUUUACAAUGUUUGAGUAACAAAGAGAAACCAACAGCCACUGUAACCCCUGAAUUGGCUGAUAUACCCAAGCUUGGGCCUGUUGUGGAUCAUAGCCAAUCGUGGCAAACCUGGGCAAAUAAUAUAUCAUUGGCUGUGGUGGAUCAUAAAAAGGAUAAGAAAGAAGCCAAUGAGGUAUCCCUUCUAAACAAACUACCUGUGAAAAAUAUUAGAAUUAAAAUUGACAAUGACCAGAGGUUGUUUCAAGGAAAUCUCUCUGUUGUUGUUAGCCAAGCACCAGCUGUAUGUGAACAGAAGGAAGAACCUCUAGAAGAUUCUGUAGACAGGUUAAUAAAUAAGGAAAAAGCAGUUGAGAUAAAAAAAGAAGGUACUGAUCCAUAUGAUAGUGAUUUGGUCAGGAGUCUCGCUAAAAAAGAAGGUCCUGAUGUAAGUGAUGAGUCUGUUAGACCAAGUAAGAUGGACAAUUCUGGGAAGAGAAAAAAUGAUGAGCCAGACAGGGAUUCUGUCAAAUGCAAACGUGUAAGCAGAAGACGGACCUCUUCUCCUGAUGACCGCCGAUCUUCACAUUCUUCUCACAGGUCUCCUUCUUCUCACAGGUCUCCUUCUUCUCACAGGUCUCAUUCUUCUCACAGGUCUCAUUCUUCUCGCAGAUCUCAUUCUAGAAGUUCAUCCAGGCACAGGUAUAGAACUAAAAGAUAUUCAAAAGAAAGAUCUCCUACUUUCAGACAAAGGAGUAGAUCACCAUACAAAAGUUAUUAUCGUAAGAGAUCUAGGUCUCCAAAAACUGGAUACCGGAGAACAAGUCGUAGCCCUGACAGGAAGAAACCGUACUUGUCAAGGCGCAGUAGAUGGGACUCUAUCUCACCGGACAGAUAUGGCAAAAAGUAUUUGGGACGCAGUCCUAGUGCAGAUAGAGACCGGUAUGGUAAAUCUCCAUAUAGGGACUCACGCUCUCCAGAGAGGUACAGAAAGUCUCCUGAACCAUGGAGUCUCUACAGAAAUUUCCGAGGCAGAAAAGAAACAUCUCCAGUAAAACAAAAAGCCCAGCAUCCACUAGAUGCCUUAAUAAAUGAAGUUACAAAGAAGACUAAUUCACAAAGAUUUGAGGACAAAAAUUCUAGCAGUGAAAAUCAAACACAAAGCAGACAAGACACAACAGGUAAACAAACAGCGGAACACCCACUAGAUUUAUUAUUAAAGAAGGCUAAAAAUAAAAUAGUAACCCCACGCAGAUAUUGCAAAAGCUUCAGAUUAGAUAAUAAAACUCAAACAGAAAGAAGACAAAAAAUACAGAUUGAACCCAGUGGCAGUAGGGAUGUGCUGAACUCGCCAUCGGGAAAACAAAAGGCAGAACACCCAUUAGAUACCUUGAUUAAUGAUGCAUCUAAGAGUGCAGUCAGUUCCUCCACUUCUGAUUCUCAAAAACAUGACAACAAAAAUCCCAGCUUUGAAAUGAAACCUGAAACAAGCUCAAAAAUUGUUGGACAAGAGUGGUCUAAUUUACUAUCAAAACCAGAAAAAAUGGAGGAGAUAAAUUACAACAUGAAUUACAAUGUUCCAUGUGUCAAGCAAAGUUAUGAACAGUUGCUGCAUAAUAAACCACAAACUACCCGGCAUUUCUUAGAUGUGACAGUCAAAAUGUUGAUCUUCUCAGAAUUUGGUUUAAUUUGUUCUGAUGAGUUAUCUUCUAUACUUCCUUACCCUUUAGAUACUGUCAUUAAUAGCCCAGCCUUAACUGAAGCGGAGAGCAAGCAAAUUGUUACCAGGACAAUCUUGACAUGUAUCUCUCACCUUGAUAUCCCAGUGUAUGACAUACCAUCUAGAGCUUUGGAAGUAAAGGAAGAUUUCAGAACCACUUUUGCCAAAGAUUUUCAGUAUUGCACAGACUCCCAGGUGCUUUUGGAGGUCAAUGUGAUCAAAAAGUGUGAAAGUAUCUUGGACCAAGUGGCAGAGCGAACAGUUUUUAGAGAAGCCAUGCACGAGCAGCAUUUGAGGCAGUUAGAGAUCGUGGAGUCUAUGAAAAGGAUAGAGAGUUCAGACCAAGAUGAAACAUAUAAAAAGGAAAAGAUUUCAGCACUGAUGUCUGAGUACGAUGAACUCAACUUGAGCAUACAGCAAAAUGCAAUGACUAACUCUGACUCAUACUCGAGGUGUGAACCAGAUUUGCCUGAAGAACUCAGGGUCCCAACUAGAGGCUUUACUUUCACAAUGCCUUACCAGAUUGGAGAUGAAGAUUACACAGAGGACUUGAAGAAGUGUCUGGAGGAAAUAGCAGGAGAAAUCAUCGAGUUUUAUAAAAAUGUUAAUUUCGGUUGCCCACACUACCCAGUACCAAAGCUUUUGCUUCUAGAGGAAGAGAAAGAUAAAUGGUAUACAAAAGGUGAAUGCUUCCAGAUUUUAAAUAAAUCUUUGCCACAGAAAGUUUUUAAACGUCUGCUACAGCUAAGGUAUCAGUUAGAAACCUUUAGCGACCCAGAGCUGCCAGAAUGCAAGGCAAAAAUUCAAGAGCGUUCUUCCCUACUCAAGUGUCAUGUUGGGAAUAUUGUUUGGAAAAAAAUCCGUAAAGUAGAAACCUUGUAUAACUCAUAUCAAAAAUGCUGCAACUUCAUAAGGCAUGUGAUAGGCUCAAGGGGCAUGGAUAAGAUGCCAGUUCUACAAUCAUCUUUACAUGCUGUUAAGAGACAUCUGAAUUUGUUGAAGAGGGAAAUUGAAAACCCCAGCUUUGAAGAAUUCUAAGGUACCAAUCUCUCACAUCUUUCAAGCACAUCAACUUGAGAGAAUUUGAUCUCCAUGUCAUCUGCAUUUAUCUACAGAGAGAUUUAAAAAAUAUUCAAGUGUAGUGUAGCCUACUCAUGUCUUUCUAGGGUUAAUAAUAAUGCUAUCAAGGUCUACAAAAUACUACAGGGGAAGCUUAGAGGAUAAAUGUGUGGUGUGCCAAGACAAAGGUUUGAGAACCAUUUGCCAAAAAUGUGUACACAAUCAUUACAUCUUUAAUCAUUGUUUCAUUCUGUCUCUAAUUAUGUAUAUAUAAUUAAACACUUUAUUGAUGUUUCAACUUAAUUAUUGAGUGAAGAAUCGCUGAAAAUAAUUGCUGUAUAUAAUGUAAAUUACACUAAAAAACAUCCACCUUUGAUAUCAUUUUUAUGCUUGUUGUAUAAUAGAUUUUUAAAAAUUCAAAGCGGCAUUGCUUUAACUUUUUUUAUACACCUUUGUUUUGCCAUUUCAUGUUCUAACAGGAACAAAUAGAAAGUAUUAGUUAUAUCAUGUACUUAUUUUGUUUCACUAAGUUCACUUAGAAAAAUUUAUGUGAAAGAAGCAAAUGCAGUAGGCUGUUUGUUUACAUUUCAAAAUUAUUUCUCAUAUUUGUUUUUAUGAUUAAUGACAAAUGUCAUCAAUAUGUUAUAGACCACUUAUUUAAUUGUGCUUACUGUAAUUACAGUAUUUAUAGUUAUAGUGCUUAAGUACACAUUAAGAAGACUGAAGAAAUGUGUGGUUUGAACUAGCUUUUGAUGGGGAAAAAUUUAGGCAAUUAAAAUGCAUUAACUUCAAACAAUUAUUUAUGACUUAGAACAUGACUCCAUGUAAUAUACAGUAUUUAUAGGGCAACUUACAUAAAAUAAAAUUUAUUAAGCUCAAGUUUGUGAGGAUAGUCAAGAGCACAACAUGUGUAAAUAUAUUUUACUGCCAGUCUUUAUAGGCAGGCUCAUUACAAACCAUGUGCAUCUGAUCAAAGGUAAAAGCUGCAUUUUUUUUUUAAAGUCACUAGACUAAGACUAAAUACUAAAUGGUGGGAAUAUUUAUUUUCACUUCCUUUUUGCAGAGAAGUAAGAAAACAAUAUUCACUAGUGUAGGGAAUUUUAUACAUCAUGUUUUCCGGCAUUGAAAAAAUAUCCUGUUUUUUUUUCAGGUGGUCUGUUACAUCUUUGUGUUUGAUUCUUCUUCUGUGUGGUCUUUUUUCAAUCCACACUUCAUGUAUCCAUGUAUGUUAUUAAAAAAAUGCAUUUAGGAUAAGGUCACAAAAUGUGAAAAGAUGUGUACACUUAAUCUUUUAAAGAUAAAAUGUGCCUUUCAUUUUACUAAAUUGUACUAAAAAUAUUAUCAAAAUGUUAAAAAAUCCCACCAUAAUGUGUUAAGGAAUUGAUAGUUGUUUUGAAUUAUCAUCGAAAAAUAUUUUGUUGGUUUUUGUACAUAAUUUAUUUGAUGAAUGGGCAUUGUUUUGAAUUCAAUUUCUGUAAAGGGCAUUGCAUUUUUAUACAGUUUUUUUCAUAUGGAAAAAUAAAAUUGUUCUGUUUUGUAUUUUGAUAAUUUUUAUAGUUGUUUUAUGCAUUCAUUAUUUUAAUGUGCAUUGGAGAAUGAAAUUGUCAGAGAGGAUGCCUCUUUAUCAGGAUGUAUUAUUAUUAUUAUUAAUACAAAAUUUUA